UUCUCUACAGCACCUAGGGUUUCAACAUUACCGUUAAACCCCAAACUCUAAAUUUCCAAUCUCUUCUUCCUCUAUCAAAUUCGCAGAAAUCAACCGGUAACCCACUCAAUUUUAUGCCAUUUCAAUCAAAAAAUUAUGCUUACAAUGGACUCACAGUUAGAAAACCAUGAGCCCAUGUUAAGAGAAUCGAUCAAGCACUUUUUAGCCUCAUACAGAAAUGGAAACUCUGAUUUCUCCCCUUUCGAGGCGAUUUUCUUCCGUUUAAUCCAAAAAAUGCUCGACCCACCUCUUGAAAUUACUUGGUUUUACUCUGCAGUCACUUUUCACAGCUCAAAAGAAUCAACUACCCCAGAUAGCACUUCCAACAGAAUGAUGUUACUAGUUAAAGAUUUGUUUCAGUUGUUAGUUUCGUCUUCCAGUUUGAGUAAUGGGUGGAAAAGAACUGCAUUGCUCGCGCCGGUUGUUUUCCGAUUGUAUGAUAUAGUUCGUGAUUCGUUGACAAAUGGUUUCCCUUUGAGGGAAGAAAUUGAGGAUUUGUUGGAAAAAAUAGUUAGUUAUAUUAGUGUUUGUUGUUGUCAUGAUGUUGAAAAAGGAAAUUAUUCUGAUCUUCCGAUGGUCUGUUUUGAGGAUUUGGUCAGGGUUUGGACUGUUGAUCGGGUGGAUGAGGGUUGCGAUUACAGAGACAAUCUAAGGGUGUUUUUUCCAGUUUUGAGCGAUGAGGUUCGUGGAGGGGUUGAUAGAAGAAGUGGGAUUGAAUGUUUGGCUGGGAUUGUCCUUUGUGAGGUGUUUUGGUUGAGGUUGUGCUUGAAAUUCAAUCAGGGAAUUAGGCGAGACGAGCUAGAGAUGGAUAUGCGGAACUGGGUAGUUCAGACUAUCAAUGGCUUUGAGAACAUUUACUUUUUGGAUAUGCUUCUUAGAAUGCUGUUGGAGCCAAGCUUGCCAAUCGCUAACUUACUGAGUUCUGAUGAUGCAAUGUCUCUGAUGAAGGUUCUUUAUGAUGCUGUCUUAAUUGUUGACUAUUCAUGUCUCAAUUCUCGUGGAUGGAUGCAGCUGUGUGACAAUCAGUUUGGAAACUUGGCUUUGAUGUGGUUAUUAGUUGCUGAUGAUGCUGUACAGUUUGCUAGGGAUAUAUGUGACCACAGCAGGGCUCUUUCCUAUGUCAAUUCCUUCAAUGAAUCUCAUUUAUCUAAUCAGUUGAUUAAAUGGAUCUCUAAUCAAGCUUGCAUGGAGGAUGGAUUGACACAUGAUAUUGGCACUCCCAGAGAUCUCAUCAGGUGGCUGUUAGUUCUUGAAGAUCAAGGACUUGGAGUUUUCUAUCACAAUCUGUCAAGGUUCCUAACUAAAACAAAACUUGAGACUAUAAUUACUUGGAAAAGCAUCUUGAGUUGCUCUGGGAAUCUCGGAAAAAGGGAAUAUAAAGUCAAUAUGGAUGAGGAGAUGGCUGAUCCCUCUUGCCGUGCAGAUCCAGCUUCCAUAGUCACACACGAAGCAUCAAUAGAGGGCACAAGAAAACGCAAAGAUGGAAUGAGAGAAGAAGUUGAAACAAGGGUUAAGCAUGUCAAGUAUAACCUUCAUGAAACCUCAAUUUACAAAGAUAAAUUUGGAAGUGGAGUAGACAUGUGUAAUCCAGUCUGUGAUGAAGAUAUGGAGGUUAUGGUUACAGGAUAAUUAGAAUCCACUGAGGCAGGACUUUGUGGAGUCCAGAAGAUACUCAAAAUGUCGAGGAUACAUUUUUUGGCUACACCAAGAAGGUAUCUCCUCCCCAUCCCUUCUUUUGGGACUGGCAGAUGUAGUAUACUACCACGGCUCUCUGCCUGCUGGCUUUAAAGUGACGAUAGAGUUAAAAACAUGCAUAUUGUAUCAAGUGUUGUCCAACUCAAUGCGAAGAGAAACUUUUGUGGCUGUAACAGU